AUGAAGGGAGCUAUCAUUUCUGUGCUGAUCUUGUUAGCCAUGGUUCAAUUCAUGGUUAAGCCAGGAGACGCCAUCACCUGCGGGGACGUGAACUCAGACUUGGCUGCUUGCGUUUCCUACCUCACUGGAAAAGGUGGCGAUUUCCCUCCACCGCAAUGUUGUGCUGGGGUGGGUAAAUUGAAGGACAGUGCUGUCACCAUUGCAGAUAAGCAAGCUGCAUGCGAAUGUGUCAAGGCAGCUGCUGCUCGCAUUUCAGAUAUUAAGGAUGAUGCUGCCGCUUCUCUACCCACAAAGUGCAAGGUUCAAAUGGACAUUCCCAUUCCAGAAACUUCAAUUGUGCUGAGUAAGUUUUUCUGCUAA